GGAACAGCAGUUCAAAGAGACCUGCAAACUUGAUACUGAUUUCUCUACCCAAAAUUGAACUACUAAAACCUCCAUUAGAUUCCCAGCUAAUUCAAUCAAUAAAUUGCUGAGUAUGUCUUACGGUGGUGCGACUGCCAUGACCGGCUCCGCCUCUUCUUCAAUAAGGCAAGUGAAGUUGGAGAUGGAGAGCGAGCUCAGGAUCGAGGUGGGUCACGACUCUGCGCUUCGACUCCGCCUUCUCAAUGGUUCCGCCGAGAUCUUCGGCUCCGAGCUAGCUCCAGGAAUCUGGCUUUCCUUCCCUUCCCGUCUCAAGUUCGCUGUUUUCACGUGGUAUGGAGCUACUAUUGAAAUGGAUGGCUCUACUGAAACUGAUUAUACUGCAGAUGAGACACCUAUGGUCAGUUAUGUGAAUGUGCAUGCUGUACUUGAUGGACGGAGGAGUCGUGCUAAAGCCUCAUCAUCUACAGACUCUGAUGCUUCUCAGGGUCCUAGGGUGAUGGUUGUUGGGCCUACAGAUUCUGGAAAAAGUACCUUAUCAAGGAUGCUUCUAAGUUGGGCAGCUAAACAAGGUUGGAAACCAACCUUUGUGGACUUGGAUAUAGGACAAGGAUCUAUAACCAUUCCAGGAAGUAUUGCUGCUACGCCUAUUGAAUUGCCCAUUGAUCCAGUGGAAGGAGUUCCUCUCGAAAUUCCUCUUGUUUACUUCUAUGGGCACACAACUCCUAGUAACAAUGUAGAUUUGUAUAAAGCACUUGUAAAUGAGCUUGCUCAAGUGUUGGAGAAUCAAUUUGCUCGGAAUGCUGAAUCUCAAGCUGCAGGGACGGUAAUCAAUACAAUGGGGUGGAUAGAAGGUACAGGCUAUGAGUUGCUCCUCCAUGCAAUAGACACGUUCAAGGCCAAUGUUGUCUUGGUUCUGGGUCAGGAAAAACUCUUCAGCAUGCUUAGGUCUGUAGCAAAGAAUAAACCUAAUGUAGACGUUGUGAAACUUCAAAAGUCAGGUGGUGUUGUAUCCAGGAAUGCAAAAGUCCGUCAGAAAGCUCGGAGUUAUAGGAUAAGGGAAUACUUCUAUGGCCUUACAAACGACCUCUCCCCACAUUCCAAUAUUGCAAAUUUCAGUGAUCUGUUCGUCUACCGGAUAGGUGGUGGCCCACAGGCCCCAAGAUCUGCACUGCCAAUUGGUGCAGACCCUGUUGCUAAUCCUUUAAGAGUGACCCCAGUGAAUAUUGACAGCAACUUGCUUCACACAGUCCUUGCUGUUUCAUAUGCCAAGGAGCCUGACCAAAUCUUAUCAAGUAAUGUCGCUGGUUUUAUCUAUAUCACUGAAAUCGACAUUCAAAGGAAGGUAAUUACAUACCUUGCACCAUCAGCCGGAGAACUACCUAGCAAAUACUUGAUUGUGGGCACCAUUACAUGGCUCGAAACGUGAACCACCUUAAUCCAGCACUGAUAAUUUCUGAAUUGCUCGGGAUGGCCUAAUCUUAACUGUACUUCUACUGAGUGUAACCAACAUAGUGGUGAAAACCAGUGUUGUAAUUUAACCAAUUACUAACCUUUGGCUUCAUAAAGUCAUUGUAUUUAACCAAUCAGUACCUUCUGGCAUCAUAAACUCAUUGUAUGCUUCUUUGGUUCUUCCUGUAUAGUAACUCCAUUUACUUAGUUAAUUGACCUGAAAUUUUUUCAUGUUC